AAACCGCACUCUAGACAGUUUGGACAUUCCCUUCGCAAAUCCUUCCAGUUUGGACGUCAGCAGAGCCUUCCAUCUGGUCAAUCCACUCUUCCAAGCACUGGACAGCAGCAUCAACAGAUGGCAAAUACUCUGGGCGCCGUCCGAGGUCCAUUCGCUUCCUACCCACACUACCGAUUUUAUCGACCAGGCAUGCUACCCUCACAAGCCCUGAUGCAAAACCACGGAAUGCAAACCGUUUUCCAAUACCCAGUACCUGCACCCGGUGCUACAGGGCUUAAUCGACUUCCCCCCACUCCCAUUAUGCAAGCAAGAACAUUCCAUAGAGCCACGUCAGUUCCUAUCCAGACUCAGACUGGACCACAGAUUCAGCAGGGACAACCGGUCUAUUCAUCGGCGUAUGUCACUACAGCUGUUCAGUCUCUACCUCCACCAGGCAGAGAUUCCAUUCCACAGAUGGCUGUUGCACGAAGCACCAGUAUAGCAAGGCAGAAAUCAUCUCAACAACAGCAGCCCCCACUCAAUCAAACCAAUCAACAGCAACGCCAGACAACCCUAAUAUCCCCUGGGUCAUCCACCACCGCACAGAAUCCCCUCCAACAAAGACAACCAUCAGGGCCCCAAAAUCCACCACCACCACCACACCGACAACUUUCAACUGACGGCGGGGAGAUUGGCACGACUGCUGCUGUCGCAUCUCAAUCGGGCUCUGCUCCUGGUAACUCAGAUACAUCUAAUAACGUGAUAGACGGAACUUUGGGUCGAAAGCCAACUCAACAGCAGUCUUUGCCAUCUCAGUACCAACAUCCAAUGGAAGGUGGGCUAUUCAGACAGUUGUCGGUCCAGACCGGUGGUGGACAUCCGGAAGAACACAAAAUGAUUGCAAACUACUCUGCUCGAUUGCUUGCUUCUCGAAAACUUCCAGCACAGGGCGUAAACGAUGUUUUUGAAUCAACACAGUCGCAAAGGGAACUCGUAGCACAAUUAGAAGCUAAGAACAGGGAGAUUUUAUUGGAGAUUCAGCGUUUAAAAAUGGAGCAAGCUAAUCAGGCGGCCGGCCUAGCAGCUGCUAUGCGGGAGAGUAGUAACAAACUUCCACCUUCAAAUCUUAUGCAGCCACAGCUCGCCUCCUCCGAGGUGGAAGAUCCACAGUUAGUAGCUGAACUCAAUGCUCUGCGUCAGAGGAAAUCUGAGCUGGAAGCUCGAAUGAAUGAUUUGCAGGGCAAUCGUCGUGAUCUGACAAUUCAACUUGAAACUCUGAUGCGUCUCUUGAAGACAAGUCCCGGAAAAAUGGAUAAGCUAGAUGAGGAUCCAAUAGUUGCGUACUAUCAUCAGCAGAACUACUACUCUCGUCCACGGACGGCUAAUGCACUAUUACCACGACGAAGUUGUAGUCUUGUUCGACGAACGCCUGGAACAAGAUCCUCGCUCGAAGUUCUCACUAGUGAAACAGGUCAUCAAAGGUCCCUCGAUGCGGAGUCACUUUUGACCUCGGUGGAUUUGAAUGAAACUAGUGCCGGAAAUACAAUGUCUCUGCAAAGACGAAGCGGCAAUCGAAUAGUACUGUCGCCUGAACGCCAAUCUGGAGAUGUGUCACAUAAAAGCCGGCCUAGGAAUCUCUCUCAUUCGAUUGGUCCAACUAGUGGAACUCUGCUCAGAGGAGGUUCAUCUAGUAAGCAGACAACCUCCGUGUUGGAUAGGUGGCAGUAUCCAGGGUUAGCAAAUCGUGGGACGGACCUACUCUAUUCAUCAGACUCCAAUCGAAGUAACACGUUGGAUUCAAAGGAGCGAACACCUCCUAGCAACCCUCAACACUCGUCAAAAGUCACGCUGGAAUUGAGUGACAGUCAACGAAAUUCAAGUGAAAAACAGCGUCAACCUCUGUCAAUUUCUGUUCAGAGUCAUCAGCGCAGGACAGCAUUGAGUGGAGGCAACUUUCGUGGAACAGAUUCAGAUGUAGGCGAGUCAUCUCAACAAAGACCCUUCAACUGUGCUGCCGCUUUUGAAGCCUCUAGCAGUGCUACAAACACAGCUGGUUCCUCUUCUGAUGUCUAUUUGUACUCUGAUCCCGAGAUGAUAAGCACUGGAUGGCAGGAUAAUGGACGACGAAAUCAGUACAAGAGUAGAAUGAAUAAUACUAACAACGGCAAUUCAAUCAGUGAUAAUAAUACUGAACAAGCUUCAAGUGUGACAGUAGUGUCGGCUCCAGGAACUAGCAUUACUGCCAAUAGUAUUAGAGCACCUGAAUUGGAUUCGCACGUCGAAAAGAAAAAUAAACUUAACGCGUGA